ACAAGUAGAAGAGAUGACAUGAACCUUGACCUCCCCACCCCAACACCGCUUGAUAUCCGCCAGAUGAGGUGUCAACACAUAUCACUCCCAAACGAAAGCCAAAAGACCUUCUCACUGUAGUCUGCCUGACGCAGACAUAGUCUAAGUCAACAUGGCGUCUGAGUUCUCAACCACCAAGAUCAACCCGGACAGUCAUAUUCUACUGGACCACCCUCUCCUUCGACUCCCCCAUGAACUAGUACGACGAAACUUCAGAAAUACUCAACGAUAUGUUGAACGUGAACGGGACCAGAUCCUGCCUGCGUUGAAAGAGACAGCCAAUGGUGCCAUCAACUCGACUCAGACCCCAGACCAGACCCUAGCAUCGCUCGACGCCAUGAUUCAGAGGAUGCAGACAUUCAAGCGGAAGUUGGAAAAGCUACACGCCGAUGAGGAGGCUUUACACGAGCACUCGGCGAAACGCAUCAAGCAUCUACAAGACGUGUACGACAUUCCCUCUCUGGCCGAUGUCAAGUACGAGAACUGGGCGAGCACACGGCUCAACCGCCUUAUCGUCGACUAUUUGCUCCGAUCUGGACAUUCAAAAUCCGCACUGGCGCUCGCCGAAUCCAAACAAAUCUCCCACCUCAUCGACUUGGACAUCUUUGUCUCUUGCCACAAGAUCGCAUCCUCUUUAACCCGAGGUGAAACCAGAGAGGCACUGGCGUGGAUCAAUGAAAACAAAAGUUCUCUCAAGAAGCUGAUCUCCGCUCCCCACAAAAUCACCGACCUAGAAUUUGAAUUGAGACUUCAACAAUACAUCGAACUCAUUCGAAUCGGCACCACGAGCAAGAAAUUCGAAGCCAUUAAGCAUGCCCAGCAGCACUUGACACCCCAUUCAGCAGCACGAUCAGAGAUGAUCAUGCAAGCCUCUGGCCUCCUGGUUCAAGCCGCAGACACACCAGCCGAACCAUACCGGUCACUGUUCGCUCCCUCUCGAUGGCAUCAUCUAUCGAACCUCUUCGUCGAAACGCACCACGCCCUGCUUUCACUUCCCUUACAGCCAUUGCUGCACGUCGCUCUAUCCGCAGGGCUGUCCGCCCUGAAGACUCCCGCCUGUCACAGUCAAUACAACCCAGCCAGUUCGUCCACACCGGGUCAAGCGCUCAUGGCCACCAACACGUCGCUUUGUCCUAUCUGUAGCAUGGAACUGAACGAAUUGGCCCGUAAUGUCCCCUAUGCUCACCAUACGACCAGUUCAGUGGAACCAGACCCGGUGGUCCUCCCCAACGGUCGGAUCUACGGUCGUCAGAGACUCGAGGAGUUGCAACGCAAAUUGGUCAUGGCUGGUCUUGCGGGAGACUUCAAUAUUCAUGAUAUCGAGAUCGGAAAGGAUGGUGAGGCUCGUGACCCCACGACUGGCGAAGGCUUUGGUUGGGAUGAGGUCAAGAAGGUCUACAUUAUGUGAUGUAGAGAUGUACACCCAGUCUGUACCCUUUACACCUUAAACUCUGUGUUUGGAGUCGUAAGCAAGCCUUGAAUCCUCCACUCCAGCCAGUUUGACUGGUUUCAACACCUCAAUGGAGCUGGCUCCCGGCACAUGAUGAUAGAUGAUGUAUGACAUGAAUGAUUCACGGAAAUUAAUUGCCUUUUCC